GUCAAGCUAGUCCAAUUCGUUCCGGUCCAUAUCGGAUUCCACAAAGUUUAGUUAAUGCGGCGAAUAAAGAAUUGGAUCAGAUGUUAGAAAUGGGGAUAGUUAGACCCUCAACUAGCCCUUGGGCAUCGCCUGUAGUAAUAGUUCCAAAACCAGAUGGAAAUAUUCGAUUUUGUGUCGAUUAUCGUAAAUUAAAUCGCGUAACCAAAAUGGACGCAUUCCCUAUGCCACGCAAAGAUCAAAUGCUCGAAAAGAUUGCUAAAGCUAAAUUUAUUUCUACUAUUGAUUUAACUAAAGGGUAUUGGCAAAUUCCUUUAGACGAUCAAGCAAUUCCCAAGUCAGCAUUUAUUACCCCCCGAUUUAAAUUUACCGUUAUGCCUUUUGGCAUAAAAACGGCACCCGCCACUUUUCAACGAAUGAUGCGGGAUAAAGUAUUACAGGACUUGGAAUCCUUUGCCGACGCUUAUAUUGACGAUGUAAAGGUAGAUACAUAUACAACUUUUGAAGAACAUAUGUUACAUCUUAGGGAAGUUCUCGAAAGAUUACGUAAAGCUAAAUUGCGUGCAAAGCCUUCUACAUGUAAGAUCGCUAAGGCCGUUGUAGAUUUUGUUGGUCACCGGGUUGGUAGGGACCCUAUAAAACCUCGAGAUGCGUUA